AUGGCUUCAAGCCAAUAUAUACUUUACGACAUCCCCUCCGGCAAGGCACCAUGUGUGACAUGGUCUCCCAACCCAUGGAAGACUCGGCUCCUUUUCAAUUUCAAGGGUCUUAAUUAUCGAACUCAAUGGGUCGAAUACCCGGAUAUCAAGUCUACAUUGGAAAAUCAUGUCGCAGCCAAUACCGGAGUUCCCGCGUACUCUAUCCCUACCAUUGUUUGCCCCGAUGGAACGUAUAUCAUGGAUUCGCGCAAGAUUGCGGACUACAUAGAACGCCAAACCCCGCUUCCUUCGCUUCACUUGGAUUCAGUCUACCUCGAGAAAGUCGAGCGUAUAUGGUCUCAGUAUAUGAAAGCCAUUAAGCCGAUAUUCAUUCCUCUGGUCCCAAAGCGGAUCCUCAAUGCGGAAAGUCUUGACUACUGGUAUACAAGUCGCCAGGAAUCGGUUGGAAUGCCACUUGAUCAAUUGGAGAAGGAGAAAGGUGGUGUUCGAGCAUGGAACGAGGCGGAGCCGGCCCUUCGCGAAGUGACUAUUUUGUUGAAAGAAAACGAAGGGCCUUUCUUCUUGGGAAAGACUGUGAGCUAUGCUGAUCUUGUAUGGUCUAGCAUUCUUCUCUUCAACCAAAAGUUAGGAUCCGAUAUUUUCCAGGAAGCAAUGGAAAGGAGCGGGGAUCCUCAGGUGCACCUGAACUUAAUGAAGGCUGUUCAGCCUUGGUCUGAGAGAUGUGAUUAUUGA